UGUCUCAAAGCUCAGAAAGAGUCAACACUCAAUGGUUUGUCUUAAAAAUCUGGAUACAAGAUCAGCCUUUAACUUGACAGCGAAACUUUAACGUUGAGCCCUUUCACAUUUAUCUUGGAUAUCCUGUUCAACACGGACUCUGGGGGCGAGUUGGGCUGUCCUCAGGGGACUCUAUAUGCACUCUCACUGCCGGAGGAAGAAGUCAACCCUCGCUCGCUCUAUCCUGCAGUAUCAUUUCAACCCUUCCCCUUUCCUGCAAACGGAGUGAGUGACUGACAGAAAUAACAGAGCUGCUUUGAAAGUUUAAGACUUCUCUUCUGUACAAUUCGGAGCUAUGCUACUAAACACCCUUUCAGAAAUCCAGUGAAUGUCACGCGUGUGGCGUUAGAUUGCGUAUUUAGAACAACAACAAAUCAGUAGGAGAGGAGAAACAACCGAGGAAAGUCUUCAGAUACAACAGCUCCCUCUCUGCUUCUUCCUUCUGGAGAGACCAAUUGGACAUCACACUUCUGCCUUGUUGAGGCUUGCCUGGGACCUUAGUGGUACAACCCUGCAACAUUCCUCAAAAUGUUUCCUGAAUCCAGAGGCUCUGAGGAGUAAUGCAGAUCUGGCCUCUAUCGGACUGGGUUUUCUUUUCAUUUCUCACCUGGAACCUCCCUGUGUUCGCAGUACAAAACCUCAUGGAGUCAAUCCAGAACCACCCGCCUGUUCAUGGGAGAAAAAAAACAGACUGAGUUGUGAAGUUUCAGAAUCCACAGGAGGCUCGGUUCAGAUGUUCAGGUUAUUUUCUUUACAGCCCAGAGUGUCUCUUAUGAGCCAGGAGCUCACGGGACAAUGAACAAAGACCUGGCACUGGCGAGGAAAGGGGCGCCGACUGUUUUCGGGCACAGUCGGAGACACUCGUGCUUGGGUUUUGAUGUGGACAAUGGCCUGUCGGUGGGUCGCAGUCCACUGGACUCUCAGACUAGCCCAAGUUCUGGUCUGGUUCUUCAGGCCAACUUCCCUCACAGUCAGCGCCGCGAGUCCUUCCUCUACCGCUCCGACUCAGACUUCGACCUUUCGCCCAAAAACAUGUCCCGCAACUCGUCCACUGCCAGCGAUCUGGAGGAGGGAUUGAAGCAUUGGGAGGUCAAUUGGCUACCUCGGCAUGGAGAAGACAUGAUAGUGACUCCAUUUGCACAGGUUCUUGCCAGUCUCCGAACAGUGAGAACUAACUUUGCUGUUCUGACACAUCUGCAAGAUCGUGUCACAAACAAGCGUUCGACAAGCAGCCAGCAGCCGUCCAUGUGCAAGCCAUGUCUGACAGAGGAGCCCUGCCAGAAGCUGGCGGUGGAGACGAUGGAGGAGCUGGACUGGUGUCUGGACCAGCUGGAGACGCUGCAGACGAGACACUCUGUCGGCGAGAUGGCCUCCAAUAAGUUUAAGAGGAUGCUGAACCGCGAGCUGACACAGCUGUCAGAGACGAGCCGCUCAGGGAACCAGGUGUCAGAGUUCAUCUCCAACACCUUCCUUGAGAAACAACAUGACGUGGAGGUCCAUUCUCCACCCUCUAAGGAGAAGGAAAAGAAGAAGAAGAGGCCGAUGUCACAAAUCAUUGGUGUGAAAAAGGCCACACAGAGCCCCAGCGUAGCCCCCACCUGUAUCCCUCGCUUUGGAGUCAGCACACCACACGAGAGCCUGCUGGCAAAGGAGGUCGAGGACAUUAAUAUUUGGGGUCUGGAUGUUUUCAAGAUAGCAGAAUUCUCCGGAAACCGCCCUCUGACGGUGAUCAUGUACUCCAUCUUCCAGGAACGAGACCUUCUGAAAACCUUUAAGAUCCCAAUGGACACCUUCAUCACCUUAAUGAUGACCUUGGAGGACCACUACCAUGCAGACGUAGCUUAUCACAACAACAUUCAUGCAGCGGACGUGGUGCAGUCCACCCACGUGCUCCUGUCCACCCCCGCUCUGGAGGCGGUGUUCACAGACCUGGAGAUCAUGGCUGUGCUGUUUGCUAGUGCCAUCCAUGAUGUCGACCACCCAGGAGUUACCAACCAGUUCCUGAUCAACACAAGUUCAGAGCUGGCGCUGAUGUACAACGAUGCCUCGGUGCUGGAGAACCACCACCUCGCUGUCGGCUUCAAACUGCUGCAAGAAGACAACUGUGACAUCUUCCAAAACCUUAGCAAGAAACAGAGAGAAUCCCUCCGAAAGAUGGUGAUCGACAUGGUGCUCGCCACAGACAUGUCCAAACACAUGAACUUAUUGGCGGACAUGAAGACGAUGGUGGAGACCAAGAAGGUCACCAGUCUGGGCGUCCUGCUGCUAGACAACUACUCUGACCGCAUCCAGGUUCUGCAGAACAUGGUCCACUGUGCCGACCUGAGCAACCCAACCAAACCGCUGGAUAUCUACCGCCAGUGGACGGACCGCAUCAUGGAGGAGUUCUUCACCCAGGGAGACCGAGAGCGGGACAAAGGCAUGGAGAUCAGCCCCAUGUGCGACAAACACAACGCCUCCGUAGAGAAGACCCAGGUGGGCUUCAUUGACUACGUUGUCCACCCUCUGUGGGAGACAUGGGCGGACCUGGUGCACCCUGACGCUCAGGACAUCCUGGACACCCUGGAGGACAACAGGGAGUGGUACCAGAGCAUGAUCCCCCGCAGCCCCUCGCCCACCAGCCCCGAGGAGCACCUCGUGGAGGCGCUGCCAGGGGCUGUGGAAGCGGGGGGGGCUGUCUCCUCAGGAGGGGACAAGUUCCAGUUUGAACUCACUCUGGAGGAGGAAGAGGAGGAAGAGGAGGAGGUGGAGUCUGACCUGGAGAGCCCCCUGGAGGAGGAGUCAGGUGGGGAGCGGCAGCGGGACUCCUCCUCCCCCUCUCUGUCCCCAGGCCCCCGCAGCAGGUACCGUCCCCCCUCGCCUCACCCGUCCCGGAACCUGGCUACCAUGUCGUUGCGGAGCCCCCACAGGACGCUGGCCUCCCCGGGACGGGAGGGGGCCGACAGGGACCGAGAACUGAGCCAGGAGGGGGAGGGGGUGGCGUGCCUUCGUAUGGGUACGUAACAACCAGCACCACCUGCCCCCCCCACCGCCCCCAGAGAGACAAGAGACGGGAUGAGGAGAGGCGGGGGCGGGGCAGGCCUCUACCGAUAAAGUCUGUAAAAUCACUACAGUCCCUUUACACUGGAGACACCCGCUCUGGAGCACAGAGGGACGUUCCCUCCCCGGUUUUAUUUUAUAUUUCGACAACAUGAAUCGUCUCAGCCUCUCUUUGGGUGCCUGAUUGUGUCCGUCCUGCUUUGUUGUAGCUUCAGAGUGUCCCAGACAAAGACUGCUGCAUUUUAACCAGGAAGAAGAGUGAGUGGAGCCGAGGCGGGACACUCUAACAUGAACAAAAGGUAAAAGGAAAUGUCUUCCUCUAAAAUAACUGAUUGUGACAUUCAGACACGAGAAUGAGGACGCCGUGGUUUGACAGGGUCUUAUAUAUAUUAUAUAUUUUGCACCAUAGUUUCGAAUUUUAGGAUAUGGAAUUACCGUUGGAAUAAGUGAGUAUGAUUUCUUUGUUUGAGAAUGAUGUGAGAAAUGACUUAUUUUACCAAAUACAGGAUGUAGAUGAGAGUAAGUCGAAGGACCUAAACCUCAGGGUAUGAAGGGAAAUCUAAUGUAGCAUGGAUGUAGAGGGUUCCCCUCACCCUCGAACACAUCUGUCUUUCCUGUUUGAUUUACCUCCAAACUAGAGACACACCUGAGACUUUGUUUAACGGCGCGUCUCUGCAUUUAAUUAAAACCCUUUAAUAGAGGAUUUGGCAAAUGAAGCAAUCACUUAGUAUAUAUUUAAACCUGAUUGUAGCAGCACAGAGAUUGAACACUGAAGAAGACUGAACCCCAGUCUCGCCUGUUGAAGAUGUAAAAGACACCACCUGUAUAAUUAGUUUGGGCUUUAUUUUUUUACCUGAGGAGAUUUUAAAUGGUGUCAUAGUUUUAGAGUUUCAAACUGUUCCUUGUUGUACAUUUUUGCUGGUCUCGUCUGUGUUUAUGUGCUUAAAAAGCAUUUUUUAUCAGGGUGCCUCCACAGUAGCACUUUACUGUAUCUGCCCUUCAGCUCUUCUCUUCAGUCACUCAAAGGGCUUCGUCCACUGCAGGCCGACUGAGGAUCACACAGCACUUCUCUCCACAAGGCAGGGCAGGAAAAUCAGCGAUUAUCAACAAUUUCACAAAAUGACUGGACCAACAGCAAAAUUCACAACCUUUUGGUGGUCUGAAAGUAUAAGAAGUAGUUAGUCUACUUUUUGCCUCAGUUUCUUAAGGAACCCAUUAAACCGUUUAUUGAAAAAAGAAAUAUAUAACAGGUGCAACUAAAGGAUAUUCACAUGGUUUGCACUUUUAAAGGCAAAUGUAUUACUGCAAUGUUCUCUAAGUUUAUCCUAGGUUCAAGAUUUAAAUCCAAAACUGCCUUUUUGAAACAACAAAGUAUUCUUUCUGAUGUCAGAUUAGAAAUUGUUCCCACUUAUGAUCUGCUUAACUACAAAUUAUUAUGAUGUAGACAAAACAUGUAACCUUCCAUUUAUAUUUGCCUGACAGCAGCCCAGAAACAGAUGAGGAUUAUUUUCUUACUCACACUUUGAAGGACAUUGCUGGUGUUAUUUGAACAGUUUCCUUGUUGUGAGCAGAUCCCAUGAAAAGACUAAAUGUUAGUUUCUCAAUACUUUCCUCCUGCGGCUCUCAGCCCAGAGAGCAUUUUUAAAAAUGUGUCAUAAAUAUAAGAUAUUUGUAUUUAAUUCUACUUUUUUAGCAAACAUGACUAUUGGACUUCUUUUAUCUGAUUAAACAUGUAUUAUAUAUAUCAAUAUUAUUAUAUAAUUAUUAAUAAUGAGCUAUUUAUUUCCAACAGCAGGACAGUGGAUCAGGAUUGAUCUCAAAUAAGCUAGUGCACAUCCUCAUAAUGAAGCAAUAUGUCUCUCAGUGUAGCUCACUGAUGUCUUUUAAAUAUUUCCGGCACAACAAUAGAGGUCUAUCGACAGCUGUUGCUUUUUUAUCUUUUCAUGGGGGUUGUUGACAGUAACACAACUAUGGAAUAUCAUAAAAUGAAUCCAGUGAUUGGGACAUUUUGUUAUUUCUACACCUCAAAAUUAAUAUCAUGCUGAAGAUUGUUUAUUUUCUGGAACCACACAAACAGAUUAAGAUUUUUUAUUUGGAUGCAAUCUUUCCAGAUAAGUCACCAUACUGUUCCUUUCCUGCCCUGCAGACAAACUCUGAUGAAGAGAUCAGAAGUUGCUGACAGAAAUUAAUCAAACUAAACCGAUUCUCAUUUGAUAGAAAGUGCCCGAAUGGGAUAUGACUGUGUGCCAUAAGUGUUGAAAACACACGAUCACCUGCCAGCCUACGAUGCUGUACAUUUUUACACAAGAGAUUUUAACCUGAUGAUUGUAUCAAAGUCAAUGACUUUAUAGAGUUAGUUUUUACCAAUGAUACGUGUUACCAGUAUUUAAAGCCGACCGUCUGUUAGAUUUUGUGUAGCUCAUGAUCAGUCUGUGCAGCCCUGUCCUAACCAGAUAGCUGCAACUUGAACAUGUGUGUAGUUUCAGGAGUCGCUGAAGUAGAAAGACCAGGAAGCAGCACGCACUACAGAGAGAUAUGAUGCACUUCCUGGUCAGGCACUCGUAGAAAACAGUAUUUCAUUAAGUCAGCUAGUAAGCUUUACUGAUCAGCCUUACAUGUGAUAGAAGUGGUGGGAGCCUAUUGUUAAAGGACCAUUAUGCUGUUUGAACAUGCCGAGCCAAAGCAUCGUUUGAUCUACAGUUCUGAAAAAAAUCAAAUAAAACUGCUCCAUCCCGGGCUUUCAGAAAUAAUAAAAUCUCAACAAAUCGGAAGAAAUUAUUAGGGUUGUCCCAGAUACUUUUAUAUAGAAUUGACAACAUCAACAUUCAUAUUCUAAAUACAAAUGCUGCCAAUUCUUUAAUCUGUAUUCUGCUUAGAGCAGUUGCCCUUGGAAAGCUAUAAAGAUUCUUCUAAAAAAAUGUUAGGCCUAAUUAUUAAAAGUUGCUCUGUGGCACAUUAAGCUACCUCUCCCUUUUCCAGCUUUGGCUCUUGGAACCAAAUGUCUGUGUGCAGUAAAGCCUUUCAACUCACACUGCUAUGAAGUUAUAGUUCCUGCUUAACAUCAGUUUAAAAGCACAGUCUCAAGUUAAUUACAUUUUGACUGAAAUAAAAACAGGAGCUAAGACCAACAGAAAUGUAGUAUUUUGUAUAAUGUUAUAAAACAUAUAAAACAAAAUUCCUUUAAAUUUAGUGCUUUGCUCUCUGUGACAGUAAAAGCGAAGAAGCUGUCCGCUAGCUCUCCUGAAGCAAAGGAAGAGAUACGUUUUUAAAUAUGCAAUAAACUCAAGCUUGAGUAGUUAGCACAGUGACGGAUCAUUUUAAGAUGUUGUUCAAAGUUCCUCUAUCUUCAUGCAGAACAGGCAAGUAAGUAAAGCUUUCUUUGUAUAGUAGUUUUUAAACAGUUAAAGCUUCACACACAUCCCAAAAAGAAUCAAUAAAGUAAAAACACUGUUCUAUAUUUUACAUCAUAAAUUACAAAGACACAGCCCAAAAAAUUGAAAUAUGCCAAACAUACAAGUUUGGCAUGGCAUUUCUAACAUGUAGGAUGAUUUUAAAUAUUUAACAGUAGAUUUCAGAUCUCAGUGAUUGUUGGCGUUAGCUCGGGAUGUUAGCAGUGGCUCUUUACAGGAAGACAUCAGUGCCAUACAGUGUUAAACGUGUCUCUGUUGUUGUGUCGCGCUGAUACUGCCAACAUUAAUGUUCAUGCUGUCUGUUUUCUCAGCCUCUGUGUCGUGCAAACCUCUAUAAAAAGAUAUGUAUUCUUCAAAAGUGUCUGUCGAGACAAAGUACUGUAUCAUAGGACAUUUGAUUUUAUGUUCUGGAGCCUAAAAUUCAAGUAUACAUUAAAACGUAUACACCUGUCACUCCAAUGUUUUGUUUUGUCAAAGAAAAUAACUAUUUUAGUUUCUCCUUCUAAGCCAAAAGACUCUCUGGAGUUUUUUAAUUGAAAAUGCCAAUAAAUAAUAUGAAAAUCCA